ACGCGACGUAAUCAUGGCCGCAGCGACCUAGCCCGUCUCCGUUCCCACUCCGACGGGUCCGAAAGACCAUUAUUAUUAUUGACUUUUUCGCACCACGUCGCGUAUGCAUACCGGCCGCCCAACCGACCGUUUCCAUGCGUCCGCUGCGGCUCAACCAUCGCGAGUGACAGUUUUCGGUAACGGCGACAUCAGCAACCGUCACGACAACGACGCCGUAGCGUUCCGUUCGUUUCUCGACGGCGUACGUGGUCCGAGGAAAAAACGAAAAACGCACCGUGUCUCCCACAGCCGAUAACCGUUAUCAUACGAUCGUGCCGUGUAUCAUCAUAAAUAUACAAUAUAAUAAUAUUGUUACGCUUAGUAAUAAUAAUAAUAAUAAUAGUAAUAAUAAUUUAUUAUCUCGUCAUUGUCCGUUAUUCGUUACACUUGCACUUCGCGCCCGUCGUGCAGUCCCUUCGGCUUAAUCGGACCGUCGCCUGAACGCGUACGCGUCCUCCGAAACUCGAGUGUGUUUUGUACGUAUCGACGUCAGCACCGUGCGAGACGUGUUCUACGAUAUUCGUAUGUGUUACUGUGUCCACGGAGUCGGACUGCCAAGCCAUGUACAAUACGAAUCGCAUUUCAUUAUGAUCCUCGAGAGAAAUGUGCAUGAGGUCUCAUACAGAAGAUAAGCCAUAUUCAUGUCAACUCUGUCUUGAACCCUUCUUUACCAAUGAAAAUUUGAAAGUGACCAUGGGGUCUCACACGGGAGAGAAGCCAUUUUCUUGUGAGGUCUGUCUUAAAUCGUUCACUCUUAACCAACAAUUAAUUACUCACUUAAGGUCUCACACUGGAGAGAAGCCAUUUUCCUGUGAGGUUUGUGUAAAAUCCUUUUCCACCAAUGGAAAUUUGAAAGUGCACAUGAGGUCUCAUACUGGAGAGAAGCCCUUUUCAUGUGAGGUCUGUUUAAAAUCGUUUACUCUAAACCAACAACUUAUCACCCAUAUGAGGUCUCACACUGGAGAAAAACCAUUUUCAUGUGAAGUCUGUCUAAAAUCAUUCUCCACCAAUGGCAAUCUAAAAGUGCACAUGAGAUCUCAUACUGGUGAGAAACCAUUCUCAUGUGAGGUUUGUUUAAAGGCAUUUACUUUAAACCAGCAGCUUAUAACUCACAUGAGAUCAUCUCAUGCAAGAGAAAAGUUGUUUUCAUGUGAGGUUUGUCUAAAGUCAUUUCCUGUAAAUGGUUCAUUAACAAAGCACAUGCGAAUUCAUGCAAACAAGAAACCUCCAUAUUCAUGUGAUCCAUCGGCAUGUAAAAAAUGCUUUACUCAAAGCGGUCAUUUACUUACUCCUCAUACUACAACAAUUCAUGGUGGAGAAGAUAAUUAUAAUUGUACGAUGCCGACUUAUAAAAAGUAAUUUUAUUUAAACAGUAAUUUUAAUUAAAUUAACUGU